AUGAAGUUCACCUUUGCAUUGUCGGCUUUUAUCGGGCUCGCCCUGGCCACCGCUAUCCCUGAGACGCACAUUCUCGCCCGUCGCGACCCAAGCGACAAGUCCGGUAACUCCCAAUUCGUCCUGCAGUGCGAGGGAGUCACCAUUCCCAACCAGGGUGGCGCCAAUGGCGAAGGCGAGGGAGGCACCGGCUACUUCUACAGCAAUAUGCUGUUCAACGCGCAGGGCACCAAGAUCGAUCCUGUCGCCUGUACCGACCAAGACUCCUUCUGCAGUAACUGUCUUUUCUCUGGUGGUGGUCUUAGCUCGGACACCAACGUUACCGGCUGCUGGAACCCUCCUGCUGGACAAUCUGGAUGCAGUAUCUCUUUUGCCUACAAUGGAUACGACUAUGACAGCCAGGACAAGCAGCCGACUUGUGGUCAUCAGUCCGGAUUUGAGCCCUUCUCGUUUGAUCUGAGUGCUAUCUGUUACUUCAAUGUAUAA